CGCGCUGACUCGCACAGGAAGGAGGGACGGACCCGCCGGAUCUGUCUGCGGGGCCAUGCUUCUAAGGCCGCUGCGGAGCUGGGCUGCCCGGAGACUGUGCCGGGAGGGUUUCGGGAGCCCCGCCUGGGGCCGCAGAAUGAGCGGGGCGCCACGCGGGGCCUGGCCUCAGGAUAAAGAUAAAGAAAAUGAAAAAGAGAAAAAGUCAGUGAUCUGUGUUGAGGGCAAUAUUGCCAGCGGGAAGACGACAUGCUUGGAGUUCUUCUCCCACACAGCAGACAUUGAGGUGUUCCCGGAGCCUGUGUCUAAAUGGAGAAAUGUCCGUGGCCAUAAUCCUCUUGGUCUGAUGUACAAUGAUGCCAGUCGAUGGGGACUCACACUGCAGACGUACGUUCAGCUCACCAUGCUGGAGCAGCACACUUGUCCUCAGACAUCACGUGUACGGUUGAUGGAGCGGUCAAUUCACAGCGCAAGAUACAUUUUUGUAGAAAACCUGUAUAGAAGUGGGAAGAUGCCUGAAGUGGACUACGUGGUUCUGUCGGAAUGGUUUGACUGGAUCGUGAGGAACCUCGAUGUGUCCGUGGAUUUGAUAGUUUAUCUCCGGACCACUCCUGAGACCUGUUACCAGAGGUUAAAGCAGAGAUGCAGGGAAGAGGAGAAGGUCAUUCCAUUGGAAUACCUGAAUGCGAUUCACCACCUGUAUGAGGAAUGGCUCAUCAAGGGGGGCCUGUUCCCUGUAACGGCCCCUGUUCUGGUGUUCGAGGCUGACCACAACAUGCAGAAAAUGUUAGAACUCUUUGAACAAAACCGGGACCGAAUAUUAACUCCAGGGAAUUGGAAAUAUGGUCCAUAGGAUGGGAAAGAUCAUGCCGGAAAAAAUGCCCACUGCUGCCAAGUUAGCGCUUAUGAGUAACGUGGAAAAUCUCCUCUUGGGAGGACUUUAUAUUUAGCCAUACUUGUUUUCCUAAUGGUCUUUUCUCCUUUGCCAGUGUUUUUGUCCUGGGUUUCUGGCCUAAGAGGGUACAUGACAAAUGGGACCAAUGAGCUUAUCAUGCCCUUUAAUAGUGUUUGCUGCCUUGCAUUCCCCUGGCACCUCUCGUGGUGGCUGCCCAUUGCUGGGUCCCUCUAAUUAAGCCCUUAGGCAAGGCCAGCUGACUUCAUGCUGGAUUCAUGGUCUCUAAUGCUUCAGACCACACAGGAGGGCGAAGUAGUGGCCUUACAUCCCAGGGUUGGGAGUCGAAGCUCAGAGAGGCUAAGAGACUCCCUAAGGUCACACAGACAGGAAGUUGGCAUCAUCCAGAUGGACUCCUAGCAAUUCCAAAAAUGUUCUCUUGCCCCCUCAUCCUGAAAGCCCUGUCUUCCCCAGCUGGAGACCUUUGCUUCUGCAUGGGGGGAGCCAGGAGUUCAUGGAGCACAUGUUAUCAUGAAGGGCAGUUAUUAACACUGCUGCGAGCCCAGGAAGGAGGAAAGCAGACACGGGGCCUAGUUCUUAGAGCAGAGGGGGGCAUUCCCUGGAGACCAAAGGACUGGCUACGAGGAGCGUGGCGGGGGUUGGCACCCCUGAAUUGCUGGACAGGGCAAGCCAGGCCAACCACCUUCCAGAUCUGGGGUGUACUGACUUUAUGCGCUGCAGAACCCUGUCUCAGAAUUGAGCCACGCCAAUUCUGAGUAAGCUCAGAAGUGAGUAAGCUCAUGCCCCUUGGCCUUGUGCCGGAUCUGUUGGCGUGGCGUCACCAGAUCUGGCUUCAGCACUGUGGUGUCUCGGGCCCCCCCUCCCCCUCCCUUCUGUCCUCCCAACUCAUCACCCUCAGCAUCUGCCCCACUUGGUUCUUCCAUGUCCUUAGCUCGGCCCGCCUCCCUCCCAUGCUGGGCCGAGUCCUGUGAGGGCAGAGACCGUCAGUCCAACGCAUCCCCACAGCGUAGCGCUCGGGAGGCCCUCACUAGAUGUGGACCCUGGUAAAUGAUGUCCCCCAGCUUCUUGUUCCCUUUCCGUUUCUCUUCCUGCCCCUUUCAGUUCCACCUGAGCCUCUCACCUAGAUGAGAAUAGCCAGUCAGAGACCCUUCCUGGGACUCCCACAGACUCUCACCUUUAGAUUUUGGGAAGGAGGUAUUUAUAACUCUGAGAGCAGGCUGAAGAUGUGUCUGAGACCAGUCUACCCCUGGGUGCUUUUGAAUCUGCACCUCUUUCUCCCAGAGCCCUGGGGCCUAAGGCAGGGGCUCAUUUCAAAUGCUCACACAUCUGAGGAAUGAGUAAGCUCCUCCCCCUUGGCCUUGGCCACCCUAAAGAGUUAUACAUAGUAAAAUAAUUGACGAGCUCUUGAAAAUCUCAGCCCUCCAUUGCUGAGAAGCCAAUAAUACCUCCUGGGGCGGUGGGUUACUCUCUGAAGGCCCCAGGGUUGCCUGCCCAUGGCUCUCGCUUUUUACUAACAACCCCCUACCCCGACCCCCAGCUCCCCUGAAGCCCAAAUGAACUCUGUGUCUCUCUAGUUUACGUAAGAUGGUGAACUUGACAAAAGCGGCAUUAAACAGAAGCUGAGAGAAAGCCAGUCUUGUGGAAUCCAGAAUGGGUAUCAGCAUUUACUGCUGCCUUCUUGAGUUUCUGUGUUUCUUGGCUUUUCCAUCUUCAAGACCAGGAUCUGUGGAACACAGAUGUCCUGGGAGAUGAUAAUAGGUGUUUUGAGAAAAGAGGGUUUUGUGAUUCAGGAUAUUUAGGAAAGACCACCUGGGAACUCCUUCUGAGGUGUGCAGGAUACCUUGUUCUUUAACACAAGAAGUCCUCUGACAAAUACAUCUUUUAAUCUUUGUUUAAGCCAGGGACUCUCAAACACACUUGACACUAGAACCCCUCAUUUGAGGAGUGUCCCUUAACAGUCCCUAGAACGGCUCGUGUUCCUUGGAAAACACGUUGGGAAGCCCCAUGUUGGGGACCUGGCUGCUGCUGACUCCUGGCGUCUGGGCCUUGGGGAUUCUCUAGCUCAGGGCUCUCCAACGUCAGAGCUGCCGAGCCCUCUGGAGGGCGUGUUAGAGCGCAGAUGGCGGGGGGGCCUAUCCCCAGAGUUGCCAAUUCAGCAGGUCUGGGCGGGCCCGAGAAUUUGUUCUGACAGCGUCCCAGGUGGUGAUGAAGUUGCUGGUGCAGGGAGCACCCUUUGAGAAUGACCUGUCUAGAUUUAGGUUUUCUAGACUUGCACACCCAGGAGUUCAAAGAAACCUUGUCACGCUGUUGAACCUCUUGUGAGCGUUGGUUAUCUCAUUUGUCCAGUGGGUGCAGUGUUCACUUCUCAGGGCUGGGAGGACGACUGACCCAGCAGAUGGAGGGGCCCAGAGUGCAGGGGGUGGGGUGGGGGGUGGUGCGCAGCAGGUGUUGGUUCUGCUGAUGUGCCUGGGAAAGUGGGCCACAAUGCAGUUAGUGGCUCAGUAAUGGCUGUAACCGUGGCAACCAGCGCUUCCCGUCAGAGCGGCAUGGAUGCAGACUCACACCAGUUAAUCUGGAGACCAUUGUGACCGGUCUGUUUAGUAGGGACAGGUCACAGGCCUGGCUGAGGCUGUCCCUCAGGACUGUACCUCUGCCAAGUGCCUCAUGGUCGUUCUAGAACAUCUGAGCAUGGGACAAGUAAUUGGCUUUUUUUAAAAAAAAAAGUGUCUCCUUUUCUCAGGGGACUCUGGAGCUGCACCUGCCAUUCUGUGGCACGACAGGGAGAGAGACAGCUGCCUCUCAGACUGUGGGAACUGACACCUCCUCCUGCACCAGCAAAGCCCUGGAGUUUCUUACACACUAAGCUGAUGGUUUUCUAGUCCGUUGUCUCAUUUCUUGGCAGACUUCCUCCAUGGGCCCAGGUGACCUGUCACCCACCUGUUUCCUGGCGCACAGCCCAGAUUUACCUAGUAGCCAAGGAGGCAUAGAUCUUGGCAGGUCCAGGCUCACCUUUGGAAAAGCCCAGAAAAAUGAGCAGGGACCAAUUGCUAAGUUUUAAAUGAAUAUUAACCUUUUGGGAUCCACUUAGUUUUGUGGGUAGGACUUGGGCUCUGGGCUCAGAACAUGGGCUGUGAUCCCAGUUUCCCUGGUUAUUGUCUGUAAGGGCAGGUCACCUCAUGUCUGUGGUCCUGUUUCUUCCUUCCCUGGAUGCUGGGGUUCUGCUUUUUUCCCCUCACAGGGGAGGGUCACAGACUAGGAAGAGGCGGGUCUGGAGCAGUGCCUGGCUACUUCUUCAAAAUCCUUCCACCUCUCUGUACUUGGCGGAAGAGGCGACCAGACUUUCUAGUACUUUCACUGGCAGAGUUCCUGGAGGGGGAAGCUGUUGGUGGGCUGCCCCAAACCAGAGUUGGGGAGAUCCUGCAUUUUCUUUUUAAAAACAUGCUUCUCCUUCAGGGCUCUGGGGGAAAUACUGUCUCAGCAUCCUCGCCAGCCAUUUAUUUACUCAGCCAUUUACUCAGGAGUCCCCAGACAAUCUGUAAGCAGGCCUCUAGUCUCUGCCUGCCUUUUGACAGCCCUUCCUAUGCAUCAACCCUGUGCCAGGCCCUGUACUGGGUGCCAGGCCGACACUGGUGAACAGGACAGACAAAGACCAUCCAUUCCUGAAACAUUAGCUCAUUAUAGCUGCUUCCACCCUGAAAUACCCUCAGGAAAACCCACAUGAGCCAGGAGGGGACCAGCAGCCUCACUCCAAUACAGUAAUGUACUCCAAAGGAUCAAUGAUAAAAGCAACACGAACAAUAAGAUUUCAGUGGAAAGUAGCAGGAUAUAAAAUUAACAUAUACAAUCAACAGAGGUUAUAAUGGCAGCAAAAAUCCCAUGUACAAUGUUAACAAAGAAGAUUAAAUUAUUUGGAAUAAAUUUAACAAGAAAUGUGGAAAACUAUACAAGAAAAAGUUAAAGAAACUGCAUAAGACUUGAACAUCCCAUUCUUGGGUAGGAGGACUCAGCAUUAUAAAGAUGUCAGUUUCCCUAAGUUAAUUUAUACAUUCAGUGCGAUCCGAAUGGAGAUUUCACAGGCUAUUUUCUAGAGUUAGUCACAUGUGAACAAAGUUCAUGUAGAAAAACAAACCUGCAGCAAUUAUCAGGAAACUACUGAGAAAGAAAAACGAUGGUGGAGGACUAGGGUUACCAGAUACUGAAACACACCGUGAAGCCUCUGUAACCGAAGCAGUGUGGUCCUGGUGCACGAGGACACAACAGACCAGCGAGACGGACUAGAAAGCCCGAAACAGACCUGUGGGAGUAAGUACCUGUGGAAACAGUGUCUGAUGAAGGUGUCAUCUCAAAUCAUGGGGUUGAAGAUAGACUUUUUAGUAAACAACACGGAGAAGACUGAUAACCAUUUGCGAAAAGAUAAAAAAAAAAAAAGAUCCAUAUUUUAUACCCUACCUAAGAAUCCCAGGUUAGGGAUCUAAAUGUAAAAAUGGAAAGCAUACAAGUACUCGAAGAAAACAUGGAUGAAUUGUUUGUUUAAAACCUGAUGUAGAGAAAGUUUUCUGCCUAUGAUUCAAAAUCCAGGGGCAUUAAGAAAUGAAUAAAUUUGACUAAAAAUUUUAAAACUUGUGUGAGAAAAACGCUAUAAACAAAGAUAAUCAACAAACUUGAAGGAUAAUCACAACGUAUAUCACAAAGGGCUAAUAUCCCUAAAUAGCCAUGAAGAUUAUUUUAAAAAUGAAGGACAAAGGAUCAAAAAGCUAAUAGGAAAACGAGAAAAAGUAAUGAACAAUUUCCAAAAAAAGUUAUAAAAAUGACCCUUAAACAUAUUAAAAAUACUUAAUUCACUUAAUUAGAGAAAUGCAAAUACUACGGUCUGAAUAUUUGUGUCUCCCCCUCCCUCCAAUUCAUGUGUUGGAAACCUAACGCACAAGGUGAAGAUAUCAGGAGGAGGCCCUUUGGAAGGUGAUUAAGUCAUAAGGGGGGAGCCCUCACGAAUGGGAUUAGUGCUCCUCUAAAAGAGACGUGAGGACGUGGCAAGAAGUGAGCAGGCUGCAGCCUGGAAGAAGGCCCUCGCCAGAGCCCGGCCGUGCAGGCGCCAUGGUCUUGGACGUCCAGCCUCCAGAACUGAGAAAUAAAUUUCUGUUGUUUAUAAACUACCCAGUGUGUGGUAUUCUGUUGUAGCAGCCUGGACAGAUAAAAGACAGCAAAUUAAAACUGAGAUACCAUUUCUUACCUACCAGCCUGUUAAAAACAACAAACCUCCCCACAAAAACCCAGCGACCAAAAUAAUCACAUUCUGUUGCUGAGGCUCUGGGGAAACAAGCACUUUCAUAAAUUGCUUGGGGGAAGGGACUUGCAAAUUUGUACAACCCUUCUGGAGAGAAAUUUGGUAACAAGCAGCAUUAGGAUCCAGCAAUCCCUCUUCUAGGAUCUAAUAUAUACAUACUUUCUACAGUGUGGAAAUAUACAUGCACAAGGUUAUUGCAGCGUUGUUUGUUAAGUGCAAAAUAUUGGAAACAACUGAAAGUCCUUUACAUAAGAGUAGUUAAAUGAGCUACAAUACAGCCACACAAUGGAGUAUGCAGCUGUACAAAGAAUGAGGAAGAUCUCUGUAAACCUAUACAAUUUCCAGGACACACUACUGAGUGAAAAAAAGCAAUGCCUAAAUGAACAUCUAUUGCAUGCUUCCCUUUGUAUCAGAAAAAAAGGGGCAUAAGGAAAUACACAGAUGCAAAGGAAGUGCUGGAAGGAUAACCCAGAAACUCAGGAGAAUGGUGGGGGAAAGGCUGGGAGCAGGGAAGAACAGGCUGCAGGGCUGAACAGAGAACGGCACUUUUGUGAAUGUAUCUUUUGUGUAACGUCAACUCAGAACCAUAGUAACAGUUUCACAUUACCCCUCCCCCCUAAAUAGACAAUUAAGAUCACUAGGACGUAGGAGGAACAGAAAAUGGAAUACAGACACGGUACAGAUGUACUCAGCAGUACUGGAAGUGAAGAGCAACUGCACUGGGUGAGGAAGAACAAUACUAUGGUUACUUAAGAUGUUAGUUUUAGGGGAAGCAGGGUAAGAAAUAAAAAGAAUUGUUGCUAUUUUGCAAUUUUUCUUUAAGUCUAAAAUUAGUUAAAAUAACUCCACAAGAAAAGCAGAACACAACACUGAGUAUUAUAGUCCCCAAUUUUUAAUAUAUGUACAUGUGGGAAAAAAAGGUCGAAAGGAAUUGCACCAAUGCCAUAACAUUGGGUGUCUCCAAACGGUGGAAGUUACGGGAAUUUUUGCUUUUGUUGUCAUUUGUAUUUUCUAAGUUUUCUACUCAUUUGAUGCAUAUAUUUGAUGGAUCCUUGGAAACAGUGGUGAACAAGACAAGUUAUCUCAUGGAGCUUGUCUUUUAGCGGGGGAAAUGGAAAAUGAAUAAAUAGCUUUAAAGUAAUUUUGUGCAGAAAAUUAAGCUGAUGUGGUGGGGAGAUUGGUUGUCAGGGAAGGUUUCUCUAAGAAGGUGACAUU